AUGGAUCCCCAGAGAGAGAUGCCCAGGAAAAACAACACAGAGCAUCUAAUUGCCGACAGGCGGGAAGGAAUUGGUGUCUGCGGCUGGAUCCUGAUUUCCCUUUCUUUCCUCCUUGUGCUUAUUACUUUCCCUAUUUCCACCUGGGCAUGUAUCAAGGUGAUCAGAGAAUAUGAACGUGCUGUUGUAUUUCGGCUGGGACGUAUACUGUCGAAGAAAGCAAAGGGACCAGGUUUGGUCCUCAUACUUCCAUGUACGGAUACAUUUAUCAAGGUUGAUCUUAGAACUGUUACCUGUAACAUUCCUCCACAAGAGAUUCUCACAAAAGAUGCCAUUACUAUCCAAGUUGAUGGAGUGGUGUACUACAGGAUCCACAGUGCUGUCAGCGCCGUCGCCAAUGUCACUGAUGUCCAUUUGGCUACCUUUCUCUUGGCACAGACAACUCUGAGAAACGUUCUGGGUACACAGAGCUUGGCUCAGCUCCUGGCAGGUCGUGAGGAGGUUGCACACAGUAUUCAGGCUGUCCUCAACAGUGCCACGGAGCAGUGGGGAAUCAAAGUGGCCCGAGUGGAGAUCAAAGAUGUCAGGAUUCCUGUGGCCAUGCAGAGGGCAAUGGCAGCUGAAGCAGAGGCUGCUCGAGAGGCAAAAGCUAAGAUUGUGGCAGCAGAGGGAGAAAUGAAUGCUUCUAAAGCCCUCAAGCAGGCCUCCGUGGUGCUGGCUGAGUCUCCAGCAGGUCUUCAGCUGCGCUACCUGCAAACGUUAACAACCUUGGCAGCAGAGAAUAAUUCCACCAUUGUCUUCCCUCUCCCUAUAAACAUGCUUGAGAGUUUCAGGCAGAAAAAUACAGGGGGAUAG